AUGGCUUUCAAUCGUAUCGCUGUCUACGGACAUCGUGGCUGGGGCAGUUCCAGUAUAGUCGAAGCAUUGAUUUCCUCAGGGGCUUUCGUCAAAGUUUUGUACCGCCCUAGCUCAGACACCUCGAAUAUCCCUGCCCACAUCACCAAAGUUGAGGUGGAUAUCAACGACGAGGCCGCCCUGGUCAGCGCUUUGCAGGAUAUUGACAUUGUCAUAUCUCUUGUUGGACAUGAAGGUGUACAGAGGCAGCAUGCUUUCGUGAAGGCUAUACCCAAGACCAAUGUGAAGUUAUUCUCACCAUCGGAUCUUGCAGGGCGGUACGACGAGCAAGGCCUGAGGAUCGGUGUCAACAAGGGGAAAGAUGAGGUUGAGAAGGCUGCCAAGGCCGCUGGAAUCCCAACAACUGUUGUGUUGGUUGGCAACUUUGCGGAGUUUGCACUCAAUACUCCACAUCUACCAACGUCCAAAAACUCACGCGGCAUGGUGACUAGCACAAGAAAAUACGUAGCUGCAGCGUACGCAUCCAUCUUCGCCAAAACGCCAAUCUCCCAGCUCGAGAACCGGGCCGUGGCGCUCUGCGAGUUAGCGCCUACAGGAAAUGACAUCACAGGUGCACUGAAAGAAAAGUUUGGCACUGCGCCGCAAAUAUCUUCUCAUAGUGUCGAGAAGGUCAAUGGCGAGGUUGAAAAGGGACUCGAGUCUGGAAGCUUAUUCACUUUGGCUUGGUACUGCCGCAAAAUUUGGGGUACAGGUCAACAAGCUCAGAUGGUGGGCUCUGACUUCUGGGAGGUCGAAGAUUACAAGAAGGCAACACUUGAAGAUCUGGUGAUUGGGGGAAAGAUAGAGGCUUAUCGGGAGAUGCCGCCGCAGGUUGCUGAAUACUUUAGGCAGUGUUUUUAA